AUGUCAAAGGAACAUGCGUUCGCAGAAAGAGAUGUGGAUCUUGAUGCGGACAGCGAUGUCCAGCAGGUCCAGGCCAGGAAUUACGACCCGCAUAAUGACCAGCGGGAUAUGCGAAGAUUGGGCAAGAAGCAAGAGUUGAAGCGUCGAUUCCGAUUCUUCUCCGUCGUUGGCUUCGUCGUCGUCCUUGGUCUCACAUGGGAGUUCUCUCUCACCACACUGGUCUUCAAUCUGGGCAACGGAGGAACGGCUGGCGCGAUAUGGCUAGUGCUCGUCGUCUGCUCCUGCAUGUUCUUCGUCAUGUUGUCAAUGGCUGAACUCGCUUCGAUGGCGCCUACAUCAGGUGGUCAAUACCAUUGGGUAUCCGAGUUCUCACCUCCGCAUUUGCAACGACCACUAUCAUACGCUGUCGGAUGGCUUUGCGCGCUUGGAUGGCAAUGCGCUAUGCCUACAGUCGCUUAUAUUGGUGGCCAGCAAGUCCUUGCGCUCAUUGUCAUUGCGACCGAUGGAAGUUACGUGAUCCAAGGAUGGCACGCGUCGCUCAUGACCAUGGCAUUCGUGUUGUCGGCCAUCUCUUUCAACACGUUCGCUAUCGGAAAACUCCCGGUUCUCGAAGGUCUUGCCGUUGUCCUCCACGUCUUUGGUUUCUUCGCCUUUGUCGUCAUCAUGUGGGUGAUGGGGCCACGCGCUGACGCCAAACUCACCUUCACCGAUUUCACCAACGCCAACGGAUGGAGCAGCGUUGGUCUGGCCACGAUGAUUGGAAUGGUCGGCCCCGUUACCACUUACCUUGGAGCUGACAGCGCUGUCCAUCUUGCCGAGGAACUGAAGGAUGCCAGCUAUGUUCUCCCUCGAGCCAUGUUUUCCGCGGCCAUCAUCAACUACAUCUCGGGCUUCGUCAUGACGGUGACUUUCAUGUUCAAUCUGGGCGACCUCGACGAGAUUCUCGAAGCAACCAGUGGUCAACCGUGGGUUUCCGCAAUUUUCGCUAUCACUGGAUCCAAGGCUGGCACCAUCGUCCUGAUCGUCGUCAUGACAGUCAUGUACUUCUUCUGCGCCGUCAACCAGGUCACCACCUCCUCCCGACAAGUCUUCGCCUUUGCACGCGACAAGGGCCUCCCCUUCCACCAAUUCCUCUCCCGCGUCCGUCCCGACUCCGGUGUUCCAGCAAACUCCGUCUACGUCACCUUGAUCUUCACCUGCCUCCUCUCCCUCAUCAUCAUCGGAUCCACAGUAGCUUUCAACAUCAUCCUCUCCGUGUCCGCUACUGGCCUCUUCACAUCUUACCUCACAGUCAUCGCCACCGUCCUGGCAAAGCGCAUCCGAGGCGAGAAAUUCCCUGCAUCGAAAUUCAGUCUUGGGAAAUGGGGCGCUUUGGUGAAUGUCAUCGCCAUCUGCUUCUUGAUCGUUGCAUAUAUUUUCUUGUUCUUCCCUGCGGCGCCGAGACCGGAGCCUGAGGCUAUGAACUGGGCGAUUCUUGUAUACGGCGUCGUAGUCAUCUUCGCUUUCGUAUGGUAUUUCAUUCGCGGACGACACGAGUAUGAUGGGCCCGUCAGCUAUGUGCGGAAGGAUGUUCUAUAG